UAAACCCACCAUUUCAUCUGUUUGGUGCCACAAAUUUUUCUGAAGGGUUCUCUUUUCUGAGUUCUCUUUCGUUUAACGGCUUUGUAUUCUAUAUCUCCACAAAUUUGUAUACAGUGCUGCUUCUCUUACAGUCCUUUCAUUUCUCUUGGAACACACCAUCAAAUGUCCACCUUAGCCCAACACAAGUACACCCUAACUCACUACCACCGAACCACCACACGCCGCAGCCCGCUCCGCCACACCUGGGUCUGUUGUUCUUCUACCACCACCACCGCUACUGCCACGGCCGCCAAGUUGAAGUCCGAUGCUAAACAGUUAGUCAUUGAACCUCAACUUGAGUCCCCUAAAGCGGUGGUUAUUACAAGCACUACCAUGACUGACCCGCCAUUGAGUAAUGACCCGAGUUUGCAAUCAACUUGGUUGCAUCGAGCCUGGGUUGCAGCUGGGUGCGCCACUGUGCUGGUUUCUUUGACGAAGUGCAUUAGCCAAUCAGCCACCUUGCACGUAUGGUUCGAGCCGAUUUUGGCCAGUUGGGUCGGCUAUAUUUUGGCCGAUCUAGGCUCUGGGGUUUACCACUGGGCUAUUGAUAAUUAUGGAGAUGGGUUGACACCUCUGCUUGGUUCCCAAAUUGAGGCUUUUCAAGGCCACCACAAGUGGCCAUGGACCAUAACUCGACGUCAAUUUGCCAACAACUUGCAUGCUCUGGCUCGUGCUGUGACGUUUCCGGUGUUACCGAUUGGACUUGUUUGUAAUGAUCCUACUCUUCUUGGGUUUGUUGGGGUGUUCUCUGGGUGCAUUAUGUUUAGCCAGCAGUUCCAUGCUUGGGCCCACGGGACCAAGAGCCGGCUUCCGCCCAUCGUGGUGGCUUUACAGGACGCCGGAGUGCUGGUAUCACGGUCGCAGCAUGGCGCUCACCACCGGCCACCGUAUAAUGAUAAUUAUUGUAUAGUAAGUGGAGCUUGGAAUGAGCUUCUGGAUGAGCACAAGGUGUUUGAAGUGUUGGAGAUGAUACUGUAUUUCAAACUUGGGGUUAGACCAAGGUCUUGGAGUGAACCCAAUUCUGAGUGGAUGGAGGAGAAAGAGGUCUCUUCUCAAAUUCCAGCCCAAUGAAUUUUUUUACCUAGGCAUUGUGAUUUUGAUAUACAUUUUAAAGGCCAAAAUUUAUAAUCCAGUGUCUUGUAUUACAUUAGUUACACCAUCUUUCAUUUGGCUUUUUUUCUCAUUUUUUUUUCACUUGUACUGAAUGUUUAGAGGAUGGGACAAAACCGGAAUGGGCCCGUCUCAAUAAACAGUGAUGCGAGAGAAUUUCCAUCUCA